GGCCAGCGCGGCGAGCCGCUGCCGGGCGGCCCCGGGGCCCACCGGGCGAGCUGUAAAACGGGUCUUGAUCUGCACCUGCUUCUGCUCCCAUUUCCUGCCGCCGCCGCCCUCGGCCCCGCCGCCGCCUCCCCCGCUCAGCAAAGUAUCCAGAGAUCAAGACUCUGAUGGGACCGGAUCCACAUUUAAAGUGGAUUGUGUCUGGAAUGGUUUUCACGCAGUUUCUAGCAUGCUACCUGGUGAAAGACUUAUCUUGGAAAUGGAUUUUUUUCUGGGCUUAUGCUUUUGGGGGUUGUAUCAACCAUUCGCUGACCCUCGCCAUCCAUGAUAUUUCACACAAUGUUGCCUUUGGGAACAAGCAGGCCAAGUGGAACCGAUGGUUCGCAGUCUUUGCCAACCUGCCAAUUGGCAUCCCUUAUUCCGCCUCCUUCAAGAAAUACCACAUUGACCAUCAUCGCUACCUUGGUGGGGACAGCCUGGAUGUGGACAUUCCCACAGACUUUGAAGGCUGGUUCUUCUGUACGCCACUUCGGAAACUGCUUUGGCUUUUCCUCCAACCUCUGUUCUACAGUCUGAGACCACUGUAUGUAAACCCCAAAGCAAUUACACGGAUGGAAAUUUUUAACGCUCUCGUUCAGUUUUCUAUAGACCUUAUCAUUUACUACCUUUGGGGGCUCAAGCCUAUUAUUUACUUAAUAGCAGGUACAAUUCUUUGCAUGGGUUUACAUCCCAUUUCUGGGCACUUCAUAGCAGAACACUAUAUGUUCUUAAAAGGGUAUGAGACAUACUCUUACUACGGACCUCUGAACUGGCUCACCUUUAAUGUAGGCUACCACAUGGAGCAUCAUGACUUCCCCAGCAUUCCCGGGUGCAGACUGCCAAUGGUAAAGAAGAUCGCAGCAGAAUAUUACGAUAACCUUCCACAUCACCAGUCCUGGAUUCGAGUUCUGUGGGACUUUGUUUUUGAUGACAGUAUUGGUCCUUAUUCAAGGGUUAAGAGACUGUGCAAGCUGGCAAAAGAAAGCUAAUGGACUAGCUCCGCCUGCCGCAUUGGUGUUUUGUUCGUUCAUUUGAAUGACUUGAGUUCUCUGCAGAAGCAGAAGGACGUUUGCGUGUGCUGAAGUCGCGUUGGUGUGUGCUCCUUAGACCAAGAGUGAGUGUGAAAAUGAAGCAAUUGGAUGCACUAUUUUAGACUAUUGAUACUUUUUAAUAAAGGAUAUUUGUGUACGUGAACCUGAGAAACUAGAUUAGAGCGAGCUAUGACCACGUGAACCUUUGGUCUAGGCUUAGAAUUAACUUCCUGGGCCACGUGUGAGUUUCGGCCUGUUCUGCAAUGGAGAAUGUGUGUAGUUUAGAUCUGGGUUCUCUUUGUGCCAGAUUAGAUGUGGAUGCUCUGCGUGCACAGGACUGUAGAAGUAAGGAGGACUGGCAUGCAGUAGCAAGUGAUACUUUCUGGAGAACACAAAGGUGCCUUAAGCUCUAUGUCUUGUCUGAUCUAAUAUCAUACUUCUAACAAUAGCUGGUAGCAGAGAUUUUGUAUAUGCAAUGAAAUAUGUGUAUAUUUUUGUACAUUUUGAUUAUUAUUUUGUUAGCUGCUGUUUGACCUUUAUUCCAGGGUUUUGUAUAAACUUUUUCUGAAUCCAUUUCUAUUCUUAGGAUCUAAUAGUCAGUGUAGCUAAGUGUCAGAGAUGAAGUGUGACAUGGAGAAACCCUUCCUUUAGUCUUCUGCUUGCUGUCUGAUCAGCAGUGUGGAUGCUCCCCCAGAGGAACCGGGUGGUUCCUCCUCACUCACCUUUUCAAUAGUAUUCAUAACUUCUCAUUUCUUAUACUUUUUGCCACUAUGAGUCCUUCUGAGUGUGGAAAGGUGCUAGAUUUAAUUGCUGCUUACCAAGGUUGUUAAUAUUUCUGAUCAUCUUUCUUGGUCAGGAGUUCAGAUGCCAUCUUACAACUUCCCUCCGCCCUGGAAAGCUGACAACUUAUUUCUGUCCUUAAUAAGUGUUUAAAAGAGAAUAAAUCUACAAAGGUCCUGUUAUACCCUAACUCUCUAACAGUAUGAUUUUUUUGUUUUCCUCUGGAAAUCCAUGUCUGUAACAAAGAAAAGGAUUAUUCUGCAUUGCUUUUAGUCCCUCAAAGUAUGCUCGUAGACCUGGGAAGCCUGAUUUCCUCAAUAAACACAGUUUCAUUGCUUCCUCCUACAGCACUGGAUCCCGUGAGUCAGCCUGUCCUUAGCUACACUGGCAUACCAGGCAGCUGAGCUAGCCUGCUGCAAUUUGGGUUGUUCCUUCUCCUCCUCCCUUUCCCUUUCUCCCAUUUAACUCAUCUGCCUGAUUUUGGCGGUUGGGAGAAUACCCAGGUUGGCUCAGCAGUGCAAGAACCUUUGUGAUACCGGGGCAGAAUACCAGUUCAUUCACAGAGAUUGUUUUGGUCUGGUUCUUUUUCUGGAAAAGAAGAGGAAGAACAGGACUUCCUCUAACACUUCAGACUUCACUGGUUCUUCAGGUGCCUCUUCUCCCAGAGGAAGAGGCUUUGGUGUGGGAACCUCCAUUGGCUUCUUUGUGUUCAUGUCAGGAGCUUCCCUUGUUUAUUAAUUUACUUCAGCGUUGCUGCCACUUCAUGAUCACAUACAUAUUCAACUUCCUGUGUCCUCAGCAAGCUUGGCCAAUGUCGCAAGUUAAUAUAAAAACCAUAAUAAAGAUUAUUCUAUCUUCCUCAAUCUGACUGUUGUCCUUCUCCUCUGUGGAGAGUCACCUUUCUGUAGUUCCCUUACUCAGCUGUUCCCUGGUGCAGUCACCUGUGUGGUCUAUGGAUUACUAGCCUAGCCUGACACACAGCCUAUGGUGUAAACAGAGGGUAACCAAAAUUGACCACCGCUUCUUAUCCUGCCUCCCAUCAGUAUUUCCAUCACGGUCCCACCUUGCUUUGCCUGGGCACAGCCCUCCUGCUCUGCAC